AUGUAUCCCUGGAAGGCGGUUUCUGAAUAUUCCGAAACCUCAAGACUCCAUCUUGCGCAGAAGAAAGACCUUGUCAAACAUGAUGUUUUCCUCCUCUGUCAAAUUUGCAAGACAGAAAUUAUCAAGACCUCUGCCAUUAAACGCCAUUGUGCCAUUUUUGAUUAUCCCCAAGGGAGUGGCGUUGGGAACGCCUUCCUGUCUAAAGAUGACGAAGUGGAAGAUGAAAAAUCCCAAUUAAUCGGAACCUCGUGGAGUGAAGUAACACGUGUCGGCCAAAUGUGUGUUCGUGUGUCUGGAGGAGGCGGGGGAAGGGGGGUGGAUGCAGAUCGUUUGAAUGAAAUUGGUCGGUCCACCGACCUACCUACCUGCCUGUUUCACCGUCCCCCCGCCUCCACCCCUCCGAACCUCCCCACCGCAUCUCAGCGUGUGGUCGCCAUGCCUGUGUUGGUGCGCACGUGCGACCACCUAGGUGAGGUGCUGAAUCAUCCUUUACGUGGCCUGGCCCCAGUGGUCAUUGCUCAGUGUGGGGGGGAGAGCGAGUUGAUCAGACCCGGGUGGACCGGGCUGGAGAGUGGACCACCCUCACUCGCCUGUGUGUGUGUCUUGCCUCGCCCCCCAACACCACCAUUCCUGCUCUCCCUCUUUGAGCCUUACGAGGCACUGUGGUAG